AAUAAACCAUCCCCGCGAAAUCCAACAAUUUCUAAGAGAUGAGCUACCCUUUCGUCCGCCAUCUUUAAUCUCUGCUUUAGUCUGAUAAACUCGAUCUACAACUGACCUAAUAACCAAUUCGAAAUUCCAAAUCAGUUUCUGUUCCGGAUGGGUUGCACCCGCAGUGAAGUUAAAUACGGCGAACAUAUAUCUUUUGGAUGCCACUAGAUUUCUGAUCGUAUUUUGUGCGGGGAGGAAACAACUGUUUAUGGCAUAAAAAUCUGCUCUUAAGUCUUACCACACACAUCGUCGUGUGGAUAUCAUAUAAAGCGGUUAAAGAACACUUGUACAACAUUGUCGGAGAGAAAUUGGAGAUUUGUUAUGCACUCUGUGCUGAUUGAGUGAGACUGUUAACGUGUGCCGGUGGAGUGAGCUAAGCAGGUUAAGGUGGUGGGUCUGCGGCCGGAAUGGCUAAGACAUCGAUAGGUUGUGAGCCAGUGGUGGGAUCGCUGAUGCCCUCGAAGAAGAAAGAGUAUAGGGUUACCAACAGGCUCCAAGAAGGCAAACGCCCCUUGUACGCUGUUGUUUUCAACUUCAUUGAUUCUCGUUACUUCAAUGUCUUCGCUACCGCUGGUGGCAAUCGAGUGACUGUAUACCAAUGCUUGGAAGGUGGAGUCAUUGCUGUGCUGCAGUCUUACAUUGAUGAAGAUAAAGAUGAAUCCUUUUAUACUGUCAGUUGGGCAUGCAGUAUUGAUGGGACCCCAUUCUUGGUUGCUGGAGGACUCAAUGGAAUUAUCCGUGUUAUUGAUUCUGGCAAUGAGAAGAUACACAAGAGCUUUGUUGGACAUGGAGACUCAAUAAAUGAAAUUAGGACUCAAGCUCUGAAACCAUCACUUGUUGUGUCUGCAAGCAAAGACGAGUCAGUUCGGUUGUGGAAUGUUCAAACUGGAAUAUGCAUUUUGAUAUUUGCUGGUGCUGGUGGUCAUCGCAAUGAAGUACUCAGUGUGGACUUUCAUCCUUCUGAUAUAUAUCGCAUUGCUAGCUGUGGGAUGGAUAAUACUGUUAAGAUCUGGUCUAUGAAAGAAUUCUGGCCUUAUGUGGAGAAAUCAUUUACUUGGACUGAUCUUCCUUCCAAGUUCCCCACAAAAUAUGUACAGUUUCCUAUGUUCAUAGCUUCCAUCCAUACGAACUAUGUUGACUGCAACAGGUGGCUGGGAAAUUUUAUCCUGUCAAAGAGUGUUGACAACGAGAUUGUAUUAUGGGAACCGAAGAUGAAAGAACAGUCUCCUGGCGAGGGUACGGUUGACAUCCUUCAAAAGUAUCCUGUCCCAGAUUGCGACAUAUGGUUCAUCAAGUUCGCAUGCGAUUUCCAAUACAAAGCAGCAGCUAUAGGGAAUAGGGAAGGGAAGAUUUACCUUUGGGAUCUGCAAACCAGCCCGCCUGUUCUAAUUGCGAGGCUAUCUCAUUUUCAAUCAAAAUCUGCGAUUAGACAGACUGCUGUGUCCUUUGACAGGAGCACCAUUCUUAGCUGCUGUGAAGAUGGAACUAUAUGGCGCUGGGAUGUGGUCUCAACUUCUUGAACGGUUAAGAUGUAGGUUGCUCUUGUGCUGCUUUAGAUUUAUUACCAUAGAUUUUCAAUAGAAAAGAUGGCAUUUUUAUGAUUCUUUUUUUUUUUUUUUUUAAAUGCUUAUUGUGUACUGGUAUCGACACAAUUAGGGGAAAAGACUAAUUUAACCAGACUCGGGUUGACCCACUCGCAGCUCAAUCAUUAUACCAUGAAUCAUGAUUCAACUUGUAAGGUGAAUCACUGAUAUAAAUUAAAGUUCAUUUUUAAUA